AACAACAACCGGGGCUUUCCUUUUCCUUUACACCUCGCUACAGAUUUAGCGACAAAGGUUGAUUUCUCUCGUUUGUGUUUUUUGAACCAUAGGAUUACAGCGAACAGAAUGGCCGCAGACUGGUUGGGUAGUGUUGUGUCCAUAAACUGUGGGCUGACGUUGGGAAUUUAUCAGGGAGAGGUGUCAUCGGUCAAUCACAAAAGCCAGACCAUCUCACUGAAACAGCCCUAUCACAACGGGGUCAGAUGUCCUCUUCCCGAGGUCACGUUCAGUGCCAUUGAUAUCAAGGAGUUGAAGUUCCUCGAUAUCCAGAAAACAGUCAACAAGCCCGGCACCGGUCAGGGAGCUGCAACAGAAUCCAGCUUCACACCUUCAGCACGCCAUAAUCAGAGUAACAGAGUCGCUCUCCCUCAUGGGACGAGCAGCAACUCCCAUUCCAGCACUGCACCAAUCACCAUCCUACGCAGAGCCCCCACAGGUUCCUCCAACAGCAGAGGGGCGACGCAGGCCACACAAAAGAAGAACAGUGUGAGGAACGGAGGCCCAAUGAGGACAAGGGACGACGAGUGCUUCGGAGGCGGGACCGACGAGAACAUGGACGCGGACUUCGACUUUGAGGGGAACCUGGCUCUGUUCGACAAAGCCGCGGUCUUCUCCAAGAUCGACGGGAACGGCGGCCACAGCAACAGGGCGCAGCAUCACAACGCACAGGGCGAUCAGAAGCCCCAGUCCUAUCGCCAUGACGAGAAUAUCCUGGAGGCGAAGCCCGUCAUAUACCGACAGAUAACGGUGCCCCAGCACGGGGGCAAAGAUUACUGUACCGAUUCAGGCCUGGUGGUUCCCAGCGUCCCCUAUGAGCUUCACAAGCGUCUGCUGGCAGCUGCAGAGCGCUGGGGCCUGUCUCUGGAGCGCAGGCUGGAGACGACCGGCGUCUGCUCCAGUCAGAUGGCUCUCACUCUGCUGGGCGGACCAAACAGACUCACCCCCAAAAACGUCCACCAGAGGCCAACUGUGGUCCUCCUGUGUGGGCCACACAUCCAGGGGGCCCAGGGCGUCAGCUGUGGCAGACACUUGGCCAACCACGGGGUGGAGGUCAUCCUGUUCCUGCCCAAUUUCGUCAAGAUGCAGGAGUCGGUCACAAACGAGGUCCACCUCUACAGCAGGACCGGCAGCAAGCAGGUGGCCAGCGUCAAAGACCUGCCGAUAAGCCCAGUCGACCUGGUCAUCAACUGCCUGGACUGCCACGAGAACCCGCUGCUGAGCGAGCAGUCCUGGUACCAGUCGGCCGCCGACUGGGCCAACCAGAACCGGGCUCCUGUCCUGAGUAUCGAUCCUGCCACCGGCGGUCAGCAUCAGCCUGUGGAGGCGAAGUGGACCCUCUCCCUGGGCCUUCCUCUACCGUUGGCCGAGACGGAGAGCAGGGUCUACCUCUGUGACAUUGGCAUCCCUAAACUGGUUUUCCAGGAAGUUGGAAUCAGCUACCGUUCACCGUUUGGAUGUAAAUUUGUCAUUCCCCUGCACACACCAUAACGGAGUAGAACCACUGACAUCGAACUUAGUUACAGUAGGAGGGAACCGUCAGCGAUCCACAGCGGGUAACGGUUCCAUUGUGUAUGAGGCAAUAGCUGAAGAGCAACAAUAGUUUUUGUCAGAAAGUGUAUACAUCUUCAUGACAUGUCUAAAAGCGUACGGUGCAGGUCUUUUCCUUACUGCCCCUGUGGAAACUCCCGUGGGGGGGGUGGUGGCGCUGCGCGUUGCGUGCGACACCUCUUGUUUUUGAGAGGGAAAGGUUUCCUGUUCUUUGGCGUGUUUUGAUAAGGGCUCUGGAUGGCUAUGCGAGUGUGUUUACAAAACGCUGACCACUGUGAGUAGGUGACCUCUGAUCCUGUGACCAGGCAGAGCAGCAGAGACACAGUUCCUGUUUCCUCCUUCAGAUUGGAUGUGGAACCCCGUCCCGACCCCGUGACCCCUUGACCCCAUGCACAGCUCGGCCUAAAGCCUUUUGCCAACGCAAACCUGACCUUCAUCUCGCCCACUGUUCAUUGUCUUUCAAUUUAAUGCAAUUUUGUACUCCCUCAAACGGGUGUGUUUUGUCUAGUGAUGGUUGUAGCAUGUUUUACUGAAAAUGGGUUAUUACACAGAAUUUAUAUAUUUUUUGAAUGCAUCUCAGGAACAACGUUUGAAAAAUGGAGAAAUGUUAUAUUUGAAUUUACAGUGCAUCCGAUAGCACUCUCUCUGCACUGUCGGGUGACUUUAUAACCACUGACACUGAAAAUUAAAAGUAGUAGCUGGCACUCCUGAGGAUUAAUUUUUUGUAUUUCUGAAGUUUGGCAGAUUAGACAGGAUUUUGAAGCACAUUCCAGGGACCAAAAACAUCUUGGUCCAGGUUAAUCUCUAGGGAUUAAAGCUAAUUUGGUUUAGUGAAAUCGUAUUAUUAUUUUCCAUUUUGACACCUCAGAUUCAGCCACCUUCAGCGAUUUAACCGUUACUCUUUUGGUUACCGUAGCGAUCUUUUGUUAAAACCUCAGAUCAGCAAACUGUCAACUUUACAAAUAAAAAGGAAAACCUGAUUUUCUUAAAACAGGCAGCUACGCAGUUUUGAUAUUAUGCUGGUAUCUGUUUUAAAGAGCUCUUAAGUUAUUGUGUUAUGAACUUCUUUUCCAACAGUAAUAAAAUACAGAACUUGAGGUUCAAACCUGAGAGUCAAAAAACUAGCCAUAAGUAAUACAUUUGUUAUUGAUGUGUACUUUACAGAGUUUUCGCUCAACUAACUUCUACACUUUGGAUCUGAUAUGCUUUAUUGCACCUCAUUAAACAGCCGUCUCUGGACCGAGUGUGUGAUGGAGGGGUGAUACAUUUUGAUUCAAGCUGUAGCUGCGGCUGCUCUACCCAAAAAAUAUAAUUGUAUAAAUCAAGCUAUUUGUGGGGAAGUAGAGUGUUUCAAUUGACCGCUCCAUAAGUGAUCUGGCAGCUGAGAGCUUACCCAAACUAGAAACUGUCCAGAUCCAGGUGUGCACAGCUGGUAGCGGGGUUGGAGAGAGCAGAAGAACCUAAUCUGUUGUUCAGUUGGCAUAUUAAUAUAAAUCAAACAUCCACUCAGGGAAACACAAGCAGUUAAAGACAGUGAAGCUUUUUUUCUCUGCUUUUUUUUCUUUUUCUUCUCCACUACAGCAAAAACUUAAUGAAACACUUCAAAUUUGUGAUUAAAAAAAUCAUGUUACAAAAAAAAAAAACAUUCCUUGCACGUUUGAUGAGGGAGGUUCUUGAGAGUAAUUAUUGUGAGGGGGGAGGGGGGGGGAGGAAAAACACACAAUACAAAAUAAAGUGAAUUUAGUGCUGAUGGGUUUGUAUCACAUGUAUCUCACAUUUUUCAGAAGUGAAGUCAACUCUGGAAAAGUCUUGAAGAUAUUUUGUACCUGAGGUUUUUGACUAAUUUAUUGCCAGCCAGCUUGGUUAUGUCUGACAAAGCCGCGCGUAAGCCUGGUAACGAGUGUAUGGAGAGCGCCAUCUAAAGACAUGUUUAUAAUGUGUGUUUAGGUAUAAAUGUGAAUCCUGAGCUUCUGACAAAAUGCAGAUGCGUGGGGUGGGUGCUCCUAUGUAUGCGAAUGAAAAAUAAAAAGCCUUG